AUGGAGGGUACGGACGGCGACGUGAUCGCUCGCCUGUACUUUCAAGCCAGGGACAUGAAGUUGCAGAAUGCUCUUCAAGAGCAUCCUCUUGUCAUUGGGCCCGCAGCUCUCUACGACGCUUCCUAUGACUCGCAAAGAGAUGCAACAAAAGACUCGACGAAAGACUCGACAAAAGAUUGGCAGAAGGAUUCGCAAAAGGAUUCAGACAAAGAUAUGCAACAGGGGACCCAAGGAUCAGUCAUGAGUAGUCACGACAUCCAUAGCGGGUAUACCGGCUACGACGAAUUCGAAAAUCUACCGAGCUUGAUACUUCGCUUCAGCACCAAGCGGAACAGCAACAUGGGCUUCGUCAUAGGCAGAAACGCAUUGUGCGACCUCGCCCUCAAUCAUGCCUGUCUCGCUCAGUUCCAUGGAGCCUUCACGUUUGACAGCUCUCAUAGACUUGUUUUCAAGGACUUGAGGUCUAGGCAUGGAACACGGGUCAAGUAUGAUGAAAGAGACGAUGACAAAAGCGCUGUCAGAGACUGCUCCGGUAAAACCUGCUCUACUGGUUUCGCAGGGCUCAUUCGGAGGGGCUUCACCUGGAUUGUGGGAGGGCCAGGAGUCCAUCACAAAGUCGAAGUUCGGCUUGGGGAAACGCUUUUGAUGCAGGUGGUUAUCCCGGAUCGUGACUGGUCUAGCGAAAAUCACAAGGCGAGCGUUGGCUCAUUCCUCUGCAACGACUUGGCUGUUGAUUCCGACCGAUUUCAAAGUGCCUUUAUGCGCGCGCAGAAACCCAAGGGGCGGGCCAAAAAGCACCACAUUCUUCCUUCAACGCCAAUCUACAUUCAUAGAGCGGUUGGCUGGGGAGCAUUUGGAACAACUUUUUGUCGCCGGAAUGCCAGCACAGGCAAGGAGAUAGCCGUCAAACAGCCGCGCGGCGGAAGCAUCGACGACACCACACUGAACAUUAAGGGAAUCUGGGCAAACGAAAUCAAGAUACUGAAAACCUUGAAGCAUCCGCACAUCACCGAAUUCCUGGGCCCUGAUAACCCUCCACUAAACGCAUGGCCGACGAUUCAUUUGGAAUACGCAGCGCUCGGAUGCCUGAAAAAAGAGAUGUGUCGGAAGGAAUUCGAGCCCGCCGAAUACAUUUCAAUUGUUCAUCAAUGUCUUCUUGCUCUGGAGUAUCUGCACGACGAGCAUCAGAUUGCGCAUCGCGAUAUUAAACCCGAGAACAUACUAGUCUUUUCUCGAGAUGACGAAAGCAGGAGCAUCUUGGUGAAACUAGCCGACUUUGGAACUUCCAAAAUCAGCAUGGCAAACUAUACCACAAUUUGUGGAACCAAGCUAUAUUGGGCUCCUGAGAUGUUUAAAUCCGAGAAACUCAAGAUGAUGGGCGAAAGGCAGGGGUACGGUAAAGAGGUCGAUAUUUGGUCCCUCGGCGUCGUCGCUUUCCAGAUGGUUUUGGUAUCACAAGGCAAGUCGCUUCCUGCUUCUGCAGGGUACAAUAGCUUGUACUGGGAAGCUGUACUCGCUCUGCUUGAAGAGUUUACGAGUGAUGGGCCGGAUUACUGGAUCGAUCUUCUCCGCAACAACAUGCUAAAGGAACAGGGAAGAAGCUCCGCGGCCACAUGCCGGUCGCUCGUGGAAGCAUUUCAAGGCUCUGCUCCAGGCGAUACCCGAAUGCAGAGGGUGGUCACUCACGGCAUCGUGGACAGCGGGCCAACUCGGACUCCGACACCCGAUUUCGAGAAUGGCGCCCAAGGUGCCCGAUCUCAUGAACUUUGGUCCGUUUCGCCCCUCAGCGACGGUCCCCCUAGCCAACGGGCAUCAAUGACACCGUUGACACCGUUGUAUACACUCGAUGCGGAUGAGAGUUCCGGCGCAGACAAAGGACUUCCACCGAAGCAAUUGCCGCCUGCGUUACUGGGCCCUGACGUGUCCAUGUGUUCUGGCACUGACGGAGAUAGCGACAUUGAGAUGCUUCCGAUACCUCACUGGCUCGACUUGAAGUGCCGAACUGUAUAA